CAUGCAACUGUCAGCCCAACUCUAAACCCACAAAAUGAAGGCUCCGUUAGUUUUUUGACGGAACAAUGCGCCAACCGUCAGACAAGGGCUCAUUUGCCGCUGUUGAAGAGUAUAAGGUCCCCAGCAACCUUCCACCUCUCUUCCCACCUCCAAUCCCGAAUACAUUCCCUCAUGUUGACCAUGCAGAAGGAGGAGAUGACAACCAACCACACAAUUCAGCUCACAACUCAGCCUCUACUGCCAACCAAGACGUAGUUGCGGCUCAGCUCGCUGCCAUGCAACAACAUGAAUCUCAGGGCCAAUCUCACAUUGCACCAGCUCAGCAACCCCUCCCUAAUGAUGUCACUCGACGUCUAGACAGUCUAGAAAAGCUAGUAGUUGAGCAGAGGGGUGCCCCACCUCCACGUCAUGCUACGGACUCCAUACCUCACCCUCUGAACACUAACAUCACAUUAGAACCCUACCCUGCUGGUUUUAGAAUACCUCAACUUGAGACUUAUGAUGGAAUGAAGGAUUUCGAUGGUCACUUGCAUGCUUUCUACUCUUGCAUGCAAGCCCAGAAUGCCUCUGAUGUGUUGAUGUGCAAAAUCUUUCCCUUUACUCUUCGAGAAAUGACAUCUGCUUUUGCCACAAAGUUUUCCAAUAGAAGGUUGAUCAAGAAAACCACUUUUGAGCUGAUGCGAGUUAGGCAGAGGGAUGGAGAGUCUUUGAAGAAUUUUAUGAGCAGGUUCAAUGAUGCAGUACUGGAAGUUAGCUUUUUCGACCAGGCUGUGGGAAUUACAACUGUGAUCUCAGGUCUUAGACAUGAAAGAUUCAGAGAUAGUCUGCUCAAACAUCUUGCCACCACCUUCAGCGAGCGUGUCCUUGUUGACACAGGGAGUGCACCAGACAUCAUGUACUUCCAUUGUUUUGAGAGUCUUGGGCUGGAUCCAGCUUUGUUGCAACGGUAUGAUGAUCCCAUCUAUGGAUUCAACAACCAACCAGUUCCAGUUGAGGGAGUCCUAACCAUGAAUGCUGCAUUUGGAAGUGGCCGAAAUUAUGUGACCCCUUCAGUUAGUGAACAUGCCCUGAAAUUUAACUUUGAUGCAACAAACAACAUGGCUGAGUAUGAAGCUCUGCUGCUUAGUCUACAGUUAGCAUUGGAGUUGAAAAUCAACGCGAUCCAAGUAUACAGUGACUCCCAGCUGGUGGUGAACCAAAUCAACUCAAUCUGUGAAGUUGUUGAUCUUGUGAUGGCCGAUUCACUCUCUAAAUUUGCCUCAGAUAGCUCUUUAAGUUCCAGAUCAGUUUUUGUGGAGGUCUUAAACGAACCAAGCUUCAUGAAACCGCGGGUGAUGGAGGAGGCAAUGGAAUUGAGGAAGAAAGCAUCUCGGUAUACAUUCAUUGAUGGGGUCCUCUAUAAGAUAUCUUUCUCACUUCCUUUUCUACAGUGCUUAAAUCCCUACGAAGCUGAGUAUGCAUUGCGGGAGGUAUAUGAAGGUGUCUGUGGGAGUCACAUUGGUGCUAGAACUCUGGCCCACAAAGUUUUAAGGCAGGGAUAUUACUGGCCAAAUAUAUACAAGGAUGCUACCCACUUUGUUCAGAGGUGCCUGAAGUGUCAAUUUUUCGCACAUCUGACUCACCAACCAAUAGAAGAGCUCACGAACUUGGUAGCACCAUGGCCAUUUGCUCAGUGGGGGCUGGAUUUCUUGGGUCCAUUCGUGAAGGGGGUCGGUGGUGUAACCCAUCUCAUCGUUGGUGUAGAUUAUUUCACAAAAUGGGUUGAAGGUCUAGCAUUAUCCAGUCUUACCUCCAAGAAAGUCGAAGACUUUGUUUUCAGCUCGAUUAUUUGUAGAUAUGGGAUCCCGAAUCAGAUUGUGGCUGAUAAUGGAACCCAAUUCAAUUGCUCCUCAUUUCGAGAUUUCUAUUCCAACUAUGGGAUCAAAUUGCAAUUCACCUCGAUUUACCAUCCGGAGUCCAAUGGCAUGGUCGAAUAUGUUCACAAAUGCAUUUUAGAAGGUAUAAAGCCGAGAUUGGAACAGCAUAAGGCCAAAUGGGCAGAUGAGCUCAAUAACGUCCUCUGGGCAUAUAGAACCACGAGCCGAACUACCACAGGUGAAACACCCUAUCAUUUGGCCUUUGGUACCGAAGCAGUCAUCCCUAUCGAGAUAGGAGUCCCAAGCUUCAGGGUCACCCAUUUCGAUGAAGGACGAAAUGGACAACAGUUUUAGGAGAACCUUGAUCUGCUUGAUGAAGUCAAAGAAGAAGCACGACCUCGAACUCUAGUUUACAAGCAGAAAAUAGCAGACUUCUACAACAAACGAGUUCGACCCCG